AUGAGGAGCAGCUUAGUGAGAGAGGUGAGGCUGAACAACGGCACGAGAAUGCCGGUCAUCGGCCUCGGCACUUACUCCUACCAAAACGACUCCUACACCACCCAACAGGCCAUCCAUCUCGCCCUUCAGAUGGGUUACCGCCAUUUCGACACGGCCAAGAUAUACGGAUCCGAGCCUGCCGUCGGGGCCGCACUCGCCGACGCGUUCCACCAGGGGAAAGUCGCGAGGGACGACGUCUUCGUCACUUCCAAGCUCUGGGGCAGCGACCACCACGACCCUGUCUCCGCCCUCCGCCGCACUCUCAAGAAUUUGAGGAUGGAGUAUCUGGACCUGUACUUGGUCCACUGGCCAGUGAAGCUCAAACCUUGGGCCUGCAACCCAAUGCCCGAAGAGAGCGAGUUCGAGGACUUGGACCUGGAGUCCACUUGGGCCGGAAUGGAGCAGUGCGUCGAAUUGGGCCUCUGCCGCAGCAUCGGCGUCAGCAACUUCUCCACCGCCAAAAUCGAAGCCUUGCUCGAUUUUGCCUCCAUCCCUCCUGCUGUUAACCAGGUGGAAAUGCACCCGAUGUGGAGGCAAAGCAGGCUGAGGGAAGUGUGCGGGGAGCACAAGAUCCACGUGAGCGCCUACUCACCGCUGGGCGGGCCUGGAAACGCAUGGGGAUCCACGGCGGUAGUGGAAAGCCCAAUAGUCCAGUCCAUAGCCCACAAACACGGCGCCACACCGGCCCAAGUCGCCCUUCAGUGGGGGCUCGCGAAGGGAGUCAGUGUGGUGGUGAAGAGCUUCAACCAGAGGAGGAUUAGAGAGAACUUGGAGGCGAUCAACCUGGAACUCGACGACGGAGAUAUCGACGACAUCGACGGGCUGCAAGAGUGGAAGAUCAUGAGAGGAGAGUUCCUUGUCAAUGACACAACCAGCCCCUACAAGUCGCUCGAAGAGCUGUGGGAUUACGAGAUUUGA